AUGGGCUGUGUUCAGGCUAAGCAAUUGGAUUUGGAAGGUCCAGACUACAGGAGUUUAGAGAGGUUGAAGUUGGAUAAUGGGUAUGUCCCAAGUAAUGACUUUGUUGCUCAUAGGAGAUCCACUGGUCAAAGACAUGACCCUACGAAGGAAGAUCAUAGGCUGCAUCAGCAUCAGAGAGAACAACCCACAAAGAAUAAAGUUGAGCCUGGUGUUGCCAAUGAUGGUGCAGGGCAUUAUGAGGACAAGGUGGUUGGAAGAGAGGGUAGGAGAGUCACGCGUCGUGAUGAUAAGAAAUUGCCAAACAAGUGUUGCUUUGAGGAUGAGAUGAUAGAAGGGUGGCCAAGGUGGUUGGUUGAUAAUGUUCCUGCACAAGUGUUGGCUGGCUUGGUUCCCAGAAGUGCUGAAUCCUACAAAAUGAUUGAUAAGGUAGGACAAGGAACCUACAGCAAUGUUUAUAAAGCUCUGGAUCGAGACACUGGAGAAAUUGUCGCCCUGAAGAAGGUUCGCUUCAAUACAUCAGAGCCUGAAAGUAUAAAGUUUAUGGCAAGAGAAAUUAUGAUAUUACAGAGACUGGAUCAUCCCAAUGUAGUCAAUCUUAAAGGAUUAGCCAUUUCAAGAAUGCACUACAGUAUAUAUCUAGUUUUUGACUUCAUGCAAACAGAUUUGGCACGAGUUAUUGCUCGUCCUGAACAGAGACUAUCUGAACCACAGCAUUGCCAUGAUAGGGGAAUUCUCCAUCGAGAUAUAAAGGGGUCAAACCUUUUGAUUGAUAAAAAUGGGAUGCUCAAGAUUGCAGAUUUUGGACUUGCCAAUUUUUACGGUCCAGAUCAUCAUCAGCCUCUUACAAGCCGGGUUGUGACACUAUGGUACAGAGCUCCUGAGUUGUUGUUAGGUGACACAGACUAUGGAGUUGGUGUUGAUCUGUGGAGUGCUGGAUGUCUCCUGACAGAAAUGUUUAAAGGAUUUCCAAUUAUGCCUGGCAGAAAUGAGGUUGAGCAAAUUCAUAAAAUUUUCAGGCUAUGUGGCACACCAUCAGAGGAGUAUUGGAGAAAAUUGAAACUUUCUACAACUUUUAGACCUCCAAAGUCUUAUCGACCCAGCCUUAUAGAAACUUUCGGGGAUCUCCCUCCAUCUUCUUUAGGUCUUUUAUGCACUUUGCUUGCUUUGGAUCCUGCAUUCCGUGGCAGUGCAUCUAAAGCUCUUAAAAAUCAGUUUUUCUUCACAAGCCCAUUGCCAUGUGAUCUCUCUGGUCUGCCUGUAAUCUUCAGAGAGGGUGAUGAGAAUGUUCAAGCCAAUGAACAGAUCAAGUAUAUGAACUCUAAAAUCAGGCGUUCUCGUACAUAUUUGGAGCGUCGAAAGAAUUCAGCAUCUAAGAGGCCAAUAGAGCAUACUGUAUCUUCUAAAGAGGAAUUGGUGAGGAAUGCUAAACCUGAAACUCAUGCUCCAACUAAAGAAACGGAAAGCACAAGCAGUACCUCAUCUAGUGUAAACCCAGUAGGGACUAAGGACCAAUCACCCUUUUCUCUAUCUCCAUUUGGGGAAUUAGAUCGAAAGCUAUCUCCAAAAACCCAUCACCAUGUUAAUGUUGGUGAAGAAAACAUCAAGAACCUUCCUCCAUUACCCAAGUCAAAACCAUAUGCUACCAAGAAAGAUGACAGCAGAUACAGACCAGACCAGUUUUUCAGGUCAGCUUCCACCAGAGAAUUUAGAUACUUAAAAUGGGAGGAACGUUUACUCGUGGAUUUUGAUGAUUAG